CCAAGUAAAUGGAAACCAGGAACCACACACGGGUGCCUGAGUUCAUCAUGGAGGGGCUCUUUGAACAUCCCCACCUCCAGGGUCUGUUCUUUGGGAUCAUCCUGUGCCUCUUUAUGGCUUCGAUUAUAGGCAACUCUUUGAUCAUCCUGGCAAUUGUCCUCCACCUGCCUCUGCACAAACCCAUGUACUUUUUCACUGCUAACUUGGCUUUAAUUGACAUUGUCUGCACCUCCUCUGUUCUGCCCAAAAUGAUGCAGAACCUGAUACUGGGAAAGAAAACCAUCUCCUUUAAUGGCUGCAUGGCUCAGCUCUUUACCUUCACCUCCUCAGCAGCAACAGAGCUUGUUCUCCUCACUGCCAUGGCCUUUGACAGGUUUGUGGCCAUCUGUCAUUCCUUACACUACAUAAUCAUCAUGACUAAGAGAGUCUGCAUCACGUUAGCAGCCUGUAUCGGGGCGCUUGGAACCAUGAAUUCCCUUGUGCACACAUUGCUCAUGCUGCGUCUAGAUUUCUGUGGGCCCAACCUCAUCCAGCACUUCUUCUGUGAGAUCCCACCUCUGCUGGCAUUGUCCUGCAGCUCAACUUACCUCAACGAAGUCAUGGCUUUCAUUGCCGAUAUUUUCCUAGCCAUGGGAAACUUCUUGCUGAUCAUUGUAUCUUAUGGCUUCAUCAUCAGAAGCAUCCUGAAAAUUCAGGGCUCAGAAGGGAAGUCAAGAGCCUUCUCCACAUGUUCCUCGCAUCUUGUUGUGGUUGGCCUUUACUACUCCACUAUCACCUACACCUACAUCCGGCCACUCUCCGGCUACUCCCUGCAUAAGGACAAGAUGGUCUCUGUGCUUUACACACUUGUGACUCCUGCGCUGAAUCCUUUGAUCUACAGCCUGCGCAACAAGGAGGUCAAAGUGGCCUUCAGGAUAAUCCUCACGGUCUGCAAGAGAGAUUCAUGUUGACGCCGGCAAACAACAGUCUCUGUCAUCUCAUCAUUUCUGUUCUGGCCCCACGCCUGGUGUGAACUGUUUUAAUAUCCUGCACUUCAGCAGGCCCCGGUUGAUAUGUAUCUCUAGAGCCUCUGAGUUUUUUUUCUUAUUUCACUGCAGUUAAUAAUGAUGCCUUUUGACCCCUGUACAAAAUGAUGCAAGUGUUUGGGUGAAUAUUACACAGUUUUCUUUGUAACUUUAUUAAGAUUAGGA